AUGGAAUUGUUUGAUCAUUCCGUUGAACUCUCUUCAUCUGACGAUGGGAAGCCGACUUUCUUCAACAGUGUUCUCUGUUUACAGAUCUGCGGCCUCAACGAGGGGCAUCUCAGCGUCAUUGAUGUUCCUGGUAUCUUCAAAAACACCACACCCGGGCGCACUACGAAGAACGACAUCGCCAUGGUCCGCAACAUGGUCUUACGCUACAUGCAGAACCGCCGGUCAAUCAUGUUGACUGUCGUCUCGGCCAACGUCGACAUUGCCACUCAGGAAAUCAUAGAGUUAGCCCGCGAAGUUGAUCCUUCUGGGGAAAGGACACUGCGGAUUCUCACCAAGCUUAAUCUCGUUAACAAGGGGGCCGAAAACGAAGUCAUCGACCUAAUCGAAGAUCAGAGCGCUAAGGAAUUCUUCCACCAGACGGCUCCAUGGAAUCGACUUCGGGCCGAGAAUUUUGGCAUCAGGGCGUUGAAGAAUCGUCUCCAAGAUGUUCUUGCGUCGACUGUUCGUCGUCAAUUUCCUUCAGUUCGUAACGAGAUCAAUCAAAAGCUAAAGGCAUCUAAAGACACACUUCGAUCUCUCGGAGACGAGCGUGAGACUGCAGAGCAACAGCAACGGCUUCUGCUGGAUGUUGUUGCGACUUUCCAGGACAUUACCCAACAGGCUCUGACAGCGCACUAUGGCGUACACAAGAUUUUUGAUGAUCCAGAACUGCGACUGGCUACAUUGGUCGCGGUCAGAAAUACUGAUUUCGCAGAUGAUCAUACCACUCGGGGUCAUGAAUACGCCUUCAAGCCAGAAAGCGGUGGCAUGAACAAUAAUAAAGGUGACGGUGAUAAGGGCGACGAGGAAGACAGUGGAGCUGGUCCUGAGCAGAAAAUUGAUGUUGAUAAUGGCCGUUCUUGGACACUAGACAUCUCGAGUCGUAAAGUUGCAGAAUGCGGAGAUUUGCAUGAGAUCCUACACGAAGGUGCUUCCGUCGAGCGUUCGAUACAAAUCAUCCGAAACAGCUCGCCUUCCAAAAUAAUGGAGAAUUGCGAAUUCUCCAUUCCCAUGGCAUUAUACAAGCUGAACAAGAUCAAAGAAGAGGGCAGCGAGGCCAGUAGCGGGAACGGCAGCGCUGGACGAGGCAGUAUUAGAGGUAUCAGUGCCAGAGACAUUGCUGUGAGAAGUGGAGGUGCCAGAAUUGCCAUUAGAGUUGGUAGGGUGAUCCGUGGCAGCCUUGCACUUGUAGGUGCCACGAAUGGUGGGGGUGUCCCUCAUGUUAUCAAAGUUUUCACAAGAAAAUUUGCUAUCACUAGACUGAAGAUUGAAACCGCCGUCAACUUCUUCGAGAGAGCCUAG